AUGGCGUCUACGUUAAAUUCUUUGAGGGAUACCCUCUUUUCGAACCCCGUGGCGGCUACCGUUGCCGAUGCGUUGAACUCCUUCUCCGAGCGACGAGCUAAACUCGGCCUCUCGAACCCGGGUACUGUCGAGAACCUGGCCAAGGAAGUCCAGCGCGAUGUUCUCCUUCAGGGAUACAUGUUCACCGGCAUCAAGGCCGACCUGACCAAGAUGUUCAGCGUCUCGCCGCUUUUCCAGGUCUCCCACCAGUUCGCUAUGAGCGAGCGUCUCAGCCCCUACAAUUUCGCGGCCCUUUACGGCACCAACAAUGUCUUCCUCCAAGCUCAAGUGGAUAACGAGGGACAAUUGUCGAGCCGAUUCAACUGGCGAUGGCACGACAAGUUUGUGAGCAAGACCCAGCUCCAACUCUCCAACGACGGGUCGAACAUGGCUCAGAUCGAGAAUGAGUAUACCGGCGAUGACUUCACCGCCUCGCUUAAGAUGCUGAACCCUUCGUACCUUAACGGCGGUCUGACCGGCAUCUUCGUUGGAAGCUAUCUUCAGUCCGUAACCUCCAAGCUGGGCCUCGGCUUCGAGACCGUCUGGCAGCGCGGUGUCCUCACCCAGCCCCCCGAGACAGCCGUCUCGCUCUGUGCGCGCUACAAGUCGGAUGAUUGGGUUGCCACUGCUCAGCUUCAGACCCAGGGUGCUCUUUCGGCCACCUACUGGCGUCGUAUCUCCGAGAAGGUCCAGGCCGGUGUUGACAUGUCUCUUGCCCUUGUCCCCAGCCAGGCUGGUCCUCUAGGAGGCGGAAUCUCCAAGGAGGGAACCACCACUGUCGGUGUCAAGUAUGACUUCAGGAUGUCCACCUUCCGUGCUCAGUUCGACUCCAAGGGCAAGAUUGGUCUGCUCGUUGAGAAGCGAGUUGCACCUCCCGUCAUGAUGACAUUCGCUGCCGAGGUUGAUCACUUCGCGCAACAAGCCAAGGUUGGCGUCGGCGUAUCGGUCGAGGGUGGAAGUGAUGAGCUCGAGCAGCAGCACGAGAUGAUGGGUCAAGCACCCCCGUCUCUCAACAUCCCCUUCUAG